AUAAUUACUGCAUUUGACAAACUAUUAGUGUGAGAUAAUGACAUCAGAGUUUUAAAAGAGAGUGUUUGACACAGCUUAACCACAACAAGGAUCAUAAACAAUACAAUUUGGACCUCCACAAACUCACUUUCUGUUGUUGUUUGAGGAUUUAGGGUUCUGUUUGUUCUGGCCAAAUUCUACUUUGGCCAUUUCAGUUUAAGAAUAUGGAUUCAUUUGAGCCAGAUGGAAAUGGAAAGGAGGGGCCAUUGCCGCCACCGCCUCCUGUUGUCCCCUCAGAUGUUGUACCCCUCAAAGCAGAUGAGGUGUGCCCUGCCCCUGCUGAGCCUGUUAAGAAAAAGGCUUCCCGCAUUCCAUCAUCCAGACGUGGUCUGGGAUCAAAAGGAAUGAAGAUACAACUCCUAACUAAUCACUUCAAAGUUAAUGUCACAAACAAUGAUGGACAUUUCUUCCAUUAUAGUGUGGCGUUCUCUUAUGAAGAUGGACGACCUGUAGAAGGCAAGGGUGUAGGAAGAAAGAUAAUGGACAGGGUUGUAGAGACAUAUCAUUCUGAGUUAAAUGACAAGGACUUUGCAUAUGAUGGGGAGAAAAGUCUGUUCACCAUUGGCUCACUUCCUCGGAACAAGCUUGAGUUUGAAGUUGUUCUUGAAGAUGUCACAUCUAACCGGAAUAAUGACAAUUGCAGCCCUAAUGGUCAUGAGGACAAUGAAGGUGACAAAAAGAGGAUGCGGCGUCCUUACCGUGCGAAGACUUUCCAAGUGGAGUUGAGCUUUGCUGCAAAAAUUCCAAUGCAGGCCAUUGCCAAUGCCUUACGGGGGCAGGAAACGGAGAAUUUUCAAGAAGCCAUUAGAGUGCUUGAUAUCAUAUUGAGGCAACAUGCUGCUAAGCAAGGCUGCCUACUUGUACGCCAAUCUUUCUUCCACAAUGAUCCAAAGAAUUUUGCUGAUGUUGGAGGUGGUGUCCUAGGCUGCAGAGGAUUCCAUUCAAGUUUUAGAACCACACAGAGUGGCCUGUCUCUUAACAUAGAUGUCUCAACUACCAUGAUAAUUCAACCUGGGCCUGUGGUGGACUUCUUGAUUUCCAAUCAAAAUGUGAGAGAUCCUUUUCAACUUGACUGGGCUAAGGCCAAAAGGACCCUAAAAAAUCUGAGGAUUAAAACUAGACCAUCCAAUCAAGAAUUCAAAAUUACUGGACUCAGUGAACUUCCAUGCAGAGAGCAGACUUUUACUUUGAAGAGUAAAGGUGGCAGGGAUGGUGAAGAUGGUGGUGAGGAAGUCACUGUUUAUGAUUAUUUUGUUAAUGUUCGCAAGAUAGAUCUCCGAUACUCAUCUGACCUUCCAUGCAUCAAUGUUGGCAAGCCUAAACGGCCAACGUAUUUCCCCAUUGAGCUUUGUGAAUUGGUGUCAUUGCAACGUUAUACAAAAGCUCUGUCCACAUUUCAAAGGGCUUCAUUGGUGGAGAAAUCCAGGCAGAAGCCACAAGAAAGGAUGAAAGUUUUGUCUGAUGCACUAAGAAGCAGCAACUAUGGUUCUGAACCUAUGCUUCGAAAUUGUGGAAUUUCUAUAAGCACUGGCUUUAUUGAAGUGGAGGGUCGAGUUUUGCCUGCACCUAGGUUGAAGUUUGGCAAUGGUGAGGAUUUCACUCCGAGGAAUGGGAGAUGGAAUUUUAACAACAAGAAAUUCGUGGAGCCAUCAAAGAUAGAAAGAUGGGCUGUGGCUAACUUUUCUGCACGCUGUGAUGUGCGAGGACUUGUGAGGGAUCUGAUUAGAAUCGGAGAUAUGAAAGGAAUUUCAAUAGAACAACCAUUUGAUGUGUUUGAUGAGAAUCCUCAGUUUAGGCGUGCCCCACCUAUGGUCCGAGUUGAGAAGAUGUUUGAGACCAUUCAGUCUAGGCUUCCUGGGGCUCCUCAAUUCUUUUUGUGUUUGCUUCCUGAUCGGAAAAACUGUGAUAUUUAUGGGCCAUGGAAAAAGAAGAAUCUUGCUGAUUUUGGAAUCAUUAAUCAGUGUAUGUGUCCCAUAAGGGUCAAUGACCAGUACCUGACCAAUGUUAUGUUGAAGAUCAAUGCCAAGCUUGGUGGGUUGAAUUCAUUGUUAGGUGUUGAGCAUUCUCCUUCUCUUCCUGUUGUUUCAAAAGCUCCCACCCUCAUUCUAGGCAUGGAUGUGUCACAUGGCUCACCAGGGCAAUCUGAUAUUCCUUCAAUUGCUGCGGUGGUCAGCUCUAGAAACUGGCCUCUGAUAUCAAAGUAUAGGGCAUGUGUUCGUACCCAGUCUGCUAAGGUUGAAAUGAUAGAUAAUUUGUUCAAGCAAGUUUCUGAAAAGGAAGAUGAAGGCAUCAUAAGGGAGCUUCUGCUUGAUUUCUAUGUAACUUCUGGGAGGAGAAAACCAGAAAAUAUAAUCAUAUUCAGGGAUGGUGUUAGUGAGUCGCAGUUCAAUCAAGUUUUGAAUAUUGAACUUGACCAAAUCAUUGAGGCAUGUAAAUUUCUUGAUGAAAAUUGGAACCCAAAAUUUGUGGUAAUUGUUGCUCAGAAGAACCACCACACAAGAUUCUUCCAAUCUGGCUCUCCUGAAAAUGUCCCACCUGGAACUGUUGUCGACAAUAAAAUUUGUCAUCCCAGAAAUUAUGAUUUCUACCUAUGCGCACAUGGUGGAAUGAUAGGUACCAGUCGGCCUACACACUACCACGUGCUGCUCGAUGAGGUUGGUUUCACUCCUGAUGAGAUGCAGGAGCUUGUCCAUUCACUAUCAUAUGUGUAUCAGAGGAGCAACACUACCAUUUCUGUUGUUGCUCCAAUAUGCUAUGCACACUUAGCCGCAACUCAGUUGGGGCAGUUCAUGAAAUUUGAGGACAAAUCUGAAACAUCUUCAAGCCAUGGUGGAUUGAGUGCUGCUGGUGCUGUUCCUGUCCCUCAGUUGCCUUCCUUGCAGGAAAAUGUCCGCAACACAAUGUUCUUUUGUUGAGGGCCUUUAAGCUUGCCUUGGCUCUCUUAAGUGAUGACAAUGAUGUACAUAAAGCCAAGUUCCAAUGUGUAGCUUCUUGUGGACACAGUUUAUGUAGUAGGCAUGAUCUUGUUAUCUAUAGGCUAAGAACUUCUAUCUAUGGAGGCUGUUUAGGACAAGCCUCUUUUUAUGUGAUCAUGCCCUUUUUUGUUGUGGUAAACUUGGUCUUUUUAGCCAUAUGUGGAGCUUUUAGCACAAACUUUCUCAUGUUUGUUCCCUUUCUAUGUUGUUGGUAAGCGAAGUAUUUAUGGCAUUUUUACCUUUGGCUACUCGUUGAGAUGCAUAAUUUUAUGGAGUUUAAAUCAUAUUUGGAUUUG